UCCAGCUCCCCAGAGCCUAAAGUACCUGCAGCUGCAAAGGGGUUGGUCAGAAAAGGCUGCAAAUCUGUGUAGAGUUGGAAGGAAAUCAGCCUUCAGUGUUGAAAGGACGGGACAUUUCUCUGCUGACCCAAAGUGAGGAAGGCCUGAACUCUCUACCUCACCCUGCAAAUUCCUCUGGAGAAGCCUGCAAUGUUCCUCUGGCUGCUGGUCAUUACCUUUGCUGCAGCCCCUGAAGGUACCCUUUCCAACAUAAAAAUGGUGGCAUCUGGUCCCAAGGAGGGGAAAGUCUUUGGAUCACUCCCACUCACCUGCACUGUAAUAGGAGCACCUUUGGAUAACCGUCUCUAUGACUGGAAUUAUGUCCGUCUGGCUCCAACAGGGGAGCUGCAAUUUCUAGCAUGGAUCUAUCCUUUUGGGAAAAACACAGGCUAUGCCCCACCUUUCCAAGGCCGAGCCACCAUCUCUGUAAAUAAAGCCAAAAAUAAGUUUUCCCUGCAGCUGCAUGCCCUUACAGCCAUAGACACAGGCACCUACUUCUGUGCCAGACAGCACACCAUAAAAUCAAUGGCUGUGGAAACAGACAAGCUUGUAUUUGGAAGUGGGAUCACUUUCUCGGUUGAACCAAACAGACAAGAAUAUUCUACACCAGAAGUCAUUGAACUUAAAUCAAAGGAACCUAGACAAUAUGGCAGCAAAUUGAACAUAGCUUGUUUGGCAAGGACAUUCUACCCUAAGAACAUCAGUCUUGAUGGUCCUGAGGGUCACAUUGUAUAUGAUAUGAAGGCACCUCUUAUCACAUCAGAGGGGAUGUACAGUACCUGGAAAGUAAUUGGAGUAAAACCAGAUGCAGAGGGGACCUGCAAGGCUGUGCACAAAAGGAAUGAGACUGCAGCCAGCACAAUCCUGCCAGAGGAGAAAACUGAAGAACUGGCAACAGUGAAUGUUUGCAACAUUACAGAUGCUUCUACAAAAGAUGUCAAAAUGGAAAAAAUAAACAUGCUCUUCAUGGCUGUUUUGUGUUUGAGAGUCUUGCUGGCGAAAAGCAUUGCCUUUGGUACGCUCAUGACUAUCAAGCUAUUCAUCUUUGAGGCUAGACCAGAGCACCUCAGGUUACAACAAAAAUCUUCUGCUGGCAGCUUUAAGUGGAGAAAGUCUGGAGAAAAGUCCGGACAAGUGAGGACUACAAAGGGAGAAUCCCCAAAUCCAAAACAUUUGAAAAAGGGAAAGGAAAAGGUACUGGGUAAGUGAGCCAGCAAAGGGCUGAAGAAGAGUGGGAGAAAACAUGUAACAGUGUAAUUUAAACACUGUGGCUCAACUUUGCUACCAAUAAACAUCUAAGGAACCAAAGAAGCAAUACCCCUUCCCAGUUCCUGUAGAACUUUGAGUCCCAUCACUUCAUCGAGGUGCUCUUCAGUUAACACCAUCUGAAAGCUUUCUUAAACACUUAAUGUUGUUGAACUCUUGUCUUGCUAAGUUUCAUUAAUCGUUACAACAAUUUUUUGUUAUAUUUGAUUUGUAUCAGAAAUUGUCUUCAACCUGCUGCUAAGCAGGAAUACUUAGAUGUCCUACUCUUCUAUCCACUGCAUUGAAGUACCCAAGUGCUUAGAUAGUUUUGAAAGCUUAAAACUGAGCUUCAUACUUGCUAUGCUUGAAAAAUAACAUCUCUAUUCGUAUUACAUUACUGUCUACAAAAGUAAUGCCAUACUCCAGGCUGAGAGGAAGCAUUACAUGGUUUUAAUUUUUAGAUGCUUUUAUUAGUGCUAAUUUUCUAGUGUAGGUGAACAUAUCUCCACUGGACCUGAAGGAACUCAUGUUAUACAGAUAUAUAGUAGGAUUUUCCUCUGCUCCUCCAGAAACAUUUUUCUCUUUGUCAGGUAUAUAAAGAUAAUAUUUUAGGUUUCUUAAUAAAGAUCAAAAUAAAAUUUUAUUAUGCUGAAGU